AACUUGUGCCACCUUAUGCCUAAUGUCUCUGUGCUUUCCCAUUCUCUGUUAGACAGCUAUGCCCAGAGGACGGCGGUACGCGCAGCCCUCGCCAAGGACCACGACUGGAUGUCCAAGUACAUUUCAAAGAUGAUGCCCAUGCUGAAUUCUCAGGAUAGUGAGGUCAACUAUUUGGUGCCAUGGUGUAAGCUGGGUAAACCCCCCAGACAAGGUGUCUAUGAAUUGGUGUCCUUCCAGAUGAAACCUGGGGGUCCUGCUGUCUGGGGUCCUGCAUUCCAAGCUGCUAUUAACACUCAUGCCAGUCCUGGCUACGCUCAACUCAUUGGGGUCUUCCACAGUGAAUUUGGAGAUUUAAACAAAGUUAACGUCGUCUGGUGGUACGAGAGUCCUGACAAGCGGGCAGAAAUGAGACAUCGUGCCCACGGGGACGCCCGGGUGGUGGCAGCAGUCCGGGAGAGUGUCACCUACUUGGUCUCGCAGUACAACAAGCUUCUCAUUCCCACGGCUUUCUCGCCUCUGAACUGAGCGGGCAGCCCACCAAAGAAGACGCACUCGGCACGGGAUCAAGCAUGCAGCGGCCCAGCAUGCUUUGCUCUGAGCUCCAGUCGCACGUGGGUGGCCUUCACGCUUACCUGGCCUUCAUAAGUGAGGACGCUUGUGUUCGUUUUGUUUCUGUCUUUCAAACUUCUGCAAAUAAAUGAAAUAAAAGUCA